AUGUCCCUCCAAGUGCGCCUCCGUCUUCUCCCGAGUGCCCGCUGCCUUUUCGACGAGGCCGUCCACGUGAAGGUGGCCGGCCUGAGGUCCGAGCAGGUGGUUACCUUGAGGGCGCGGACCACCGACGAGCGGGGUACGGUCUUCCACUCGGCGGCCGUCUAUCGGGCGGACGGCAGCGGGGAGUUGGACCUCCGCCGAGACGCCGCCCUGUGUGGCACCUACGAGGGGGUGGAGCCCAUGGGCCUGCUGUGGUCUAUGCGGGCCGCCGUCCCCUUCAAAUAUUUCCACUGGACGAAGGCGCCGAGUCCUCUCGUGGUAAGGUUCUCUGUGCACGACGGCGUAGACGUGGAGGAGGAGGAGCGGGGAGGAGCCGUGGCGGAGGCCACCAACGAGAGGGUCCUGAUUGGGGAGGGCGUCAUCCGGGAGGUUGUUGACCUUGGAAAGUGUAACGGAGUGUUGUUCACACCACCAGGUGAAGGUCCCUUCCCGGGCGUGCUGGAUGUGUCUCCCUUUGCGUCAGAGAAGCGAGCCAGCCUGUUGGCCAACAAAGGCUUUGUGGUCCUGGCCUUGGCCGUCUUCUACGGCAAACCCACCGACGUCAAGUACGUAGAGCUUGACCGCUUCCAGCAGGCCCUGCGCUUCUUACAGCAGCAUGCUAAGGUGGGGAGUGACGGGCUGGGCGUGAUCGGGCGUUGCAAAGGGGGCGACAUCGCCCUGUCCUUGGCGUCCUUUGUGCCCGGCGUGCGUGCGGUGGUCUGGAUCAACGCCUGCAGCGCCAACAUCGGAGUCCCUCUGCACUACCGGGGUCAAGAGGUCCUCUCCUCCUUGACCUUGGACUUGAGCAAGAUCAUACCCACCCCAGACGGCGCCAACAUCGUCGAGUAUGGCGCCGGUGACCCCGACAGCGAAGAGAACCGGACCAGUCUGAUCCCCAUAGAGAAAGCGACCGCCGACUUACUCCUUCUGGCUUCCGAGGACGGCCUCAACUUCGACUGCCGGAACUACAUGGAGAGCAUGGCGGCGCGACUCCGACGAGCCGGGAAGCAGAAUGUGGAGACGGUGUGUUACCCGCGGGCCGGGCACCACCUGGAGCCACCUUACGGGCCCCACUGCUACUCAGGUGUCCAUGGGUUCCUGCGCAUACCUGUCUUGUGGGGCGGUGAGCCCCGGGCCCACGCCCACGCUGAGGUGCUCGCCUGGAAGAAGGUGGAGGACUUCUUCAGGAACCGCCUGAGCUGCCCACUUGCCAACACCAAAGCCAAAUUGUGAACUGAAACACAGCUAAAUCGUCCAGAAAGCGUAAGUGGUCGUCCAACGCAUCAUAUUUCAUGAUGAUGCACUUUCCCUCCCCCCUUGCAUGCAAUACCAACUUUUUGAUUCAACUCGUGAUUUUUGUCAUAUAAAUGGCAAGUUUUCAAACUGUAUUUUACAUUGAAACGAUAAUCGUAAUUACAAAUGUCAAACUAAGAUGGCAACUUUAGUCUUUAACUUUUUUCCUGUAAAGAUAUGACGAUCAAUGCAAUAUUACAGUUUCUUUCUCGGAAAAUCUGAUUUAUCUUGCAAUGUCUUUUUAGAAUAAAUAUGACAUUAUUCUUGCAAAAUUUA